GGCGGGACAUUGGUGUUUCACAACACGACGUACGCUUCUGUAUAAAGCAAGAUAGCUGACCGCCUCGUAAACACAAUGUCUUGCAAUGUAAUUGUAAACAUGAUCCAAUCGACGAUCUGAAAGGUCAGAGUCAGAUUUAUACUGCAUGGUCUGGUCAACAUCUUGAAAAAAAUAAGGAAUAUUGCAACCCUUCAAAAUGAAGGGUCUUUUCCUCGUGGAGCCUGUGGUUGCACUGUACGCUUUCUCCAGUUUUCUCAUCUAUCCUCUUGUACAGCAGUAUGUGUACCGGAGGCUUUGGCAGGAGUUCACAAACACCACCUAUCCCAUCUCUGACAACUCUUCCAGAUGUGCAGAGAACAGCAGCAGCAGCAGCAGCAACCAUUCCAGCUACCAUGAGGAGGUACAGAAGCAGGCAUCUCUCUUCUCCCUUUACACAGAGCUCUUCUCCACAGUCCCUUCUUUGGUUGUCACCCUCAUGCUUGUGGCCUAUAGUGACCUGGGAGGACGCAAGAUUACAAUCAUCAUGCCUUUGAUUGGCUCGUUGAUCUACAAUUUGGCCUUCCUGACAGUGUCCUACUUUGAGCUCAACGUUUACUUGCUCAUUGGCUCCUCGCUUCUCAGUUCUCUGUUUGGUGGCUUAGGCACAUUUUUGGGGGGCUGUUUCGCCUACGUAGCAGACUUGUGUGAGGAUGGCCGUCAGAAGACGCUGCGCAUGGCUGGAGUGGAUAUGAUGAUUGGCCUGUUGUCUGGGGUGGCUUCAAUAUCAUCAGGCUACUUUUUGAGAGCUGCAGGCUUUAACUGGCCUUUCCUAACCUCUGCAUUGUGUCAGUGUUUGAUUCUGCUCUAUGCAAUUUUCAUUUUAGAAGAGACUGUGAAGAAGGCUCCGACUGAUGCCAUUCUUUUAGAUGGGUCUCCUGAGCCCUCAGCCAUAAAACAGAUGAUCUAUGGGGUCUACCAAAUGUUUGCUAGGACCAGCCGCAGAUGUAAAACUGUCUUGGUUCUCCUGAUACUCGUCUUCACCAGCUUCUCCUUUGCUUAUGUGGGUGGGAUCUCCUUGAUGACACUAUAUGAGCUGAAUGAGCCACUGUGCUGGACUGAGAUUUUGAUUGGCUACGGCUCAGCAUUGUCCACCACUGUGUUCCUGACCAGUUUUGUGGGAGUGUCAGUGUUCACAUACUGUGGUGUGCCACAACUGCUCAUUGUCCUGAUGGGAAUUCUUUCCGUCAUGUCAGGCAUGGUUCUGUUGGCGUUUGCAAAGACCACUUUACUGAUGUUCAUAGUGAGGGUGCCAAUGCUCCUGGCUAUCAUGCCUUUCCCUGUUCUGCGCUCCAUGUUAUCAAAGAUCAUCUCAAAGUCUGAGCAGGGAGCCCUGUUUGCUCUUCUUUCCUUCCUGGACAGUGUAACUAACAAUGUAUCGGGCGUAGUCUUCAACAGUGUCUAUGCUGCUACAGUGGCACGGUACCCUGGCUUCGUCUUCCUGUUGUCAGCAGGACUCUGUGUCAUCCCUUUGUUUGUCCUAGGGGUGGUGGGUCUGAUAGGAGUGGAUGUUGCUGACGAGGUCAAAAACCCAGAGCCUGUCUUCUUAGGGGAGGAUGAUCUUGUUCAAGAUCAGAAAGAAAACAGUCCUCUUCUUAGCUGAGCCACAUGGACGGUCAAAACCUCACCAGCACUUUGUUUUUCCUUUAGUUUUUUGUUACACUUAAUGGCUCUUGUCAAGUAAAUAGUGUAAGUUAGAGAUUAAUCAGGUUGUGCUGCUGGGGUUGUUUGUACCAUUGAAU